GAGUAGUGACGAAUCACCACAAUGUUUACAAUCGAAAAUUUGGAGGAUCUUAUCAAGGAUUACUUAGGAGACAACCGAGAAUUUAUCGACUACACUGCUAUCAACCUAAAUGAACCUGGCGAAAACUAUGGCAGCUUGAUGUUGAGUUUGGAUAUCAAAGUCAAAAACAAGAAAACCAACGAGGAAGAAACCAUCAGAGCGGUCGCCAAAACCCCACCAACCGACGAGUUCGCACAAAAAAUAUUCAACACACAAGUGACCUUCAAAAAUGAAAUCGGAUUUUAUAGUGUUAUCUUCCCUUUCUUGCAAAAAUUCCAGAGGGAGCACAGCAUCGAACCGUCCACGUAUUUUCCUGAUUACAUCGGCUCCAGGUUGAAUCUUCAUGGAGGCGACAAAGUCGAAGCUAGUGCUGUCUUAAUUCUGGAAAACUUGACAGAAAAGGGCUUCACCAUGGGCAACAGAUUUAAGGGAUUCAACCUGAACACCGUUAAGUUAAUCCUUAAAGACUUGGCCAAUUUCCAUGCAACCAUGAUAGCCAUUAAGCUGCAAAAACCCAACGAAUUCGAGACGUUAGUGAAACCUUACUUGGACGGAGUGGUUUUCGAAGGCGAAAAUGCGGAUGACAAUUUCAUCCAAUCAGUGUGCAAAGACUCAACUGAAAUGCUUAAAAAUCACAAAGACAUAGUCCAUUUAACCGACAAGCUGAUACAGAAAGUUAAGUCACAAGAAAGACGGGAAGUUAGGGAACCGUUCGCAACGGUAGUUCACACGGAUCUUUGGGUCAACAACACCAUGCUGAGAUUCAACGACGACCAACCUGUAGAAAAUAAAUUCAUAGACUUCCAAGUAACUCGCUACCAAACACCCGCGGACGACUUACUAUUUCUCCUCUUCUCCAGCGUGGAGGAUGAAGUUUUGACUCAACAUUACGACAGCCUGAUCAAGUAUUACCACCAGCAGUUCAUCACAAUUCUGGACGCCCUCAAAGUCGACACCUCAAAGUUCUCUUGGGAAGCCUUCCAAGAAGAGAUAAACCACUCCGUGGACGCGCAAAUCGGCCACGUAACCUGCAUGUUGUUCCCGAUUCUCAUGGAUAAGUCCAAAGCGAAAGAAUUUGAAUUCGAGAAGGAGCGUCCUUUCGAACCUUCGGAGCGACACAUGGAGAAACUGCCACUUCUUGUACGACUGUUUGACAAGCAUGGUUGGCUCAACUAUAUUUGCAAAACUAUCAUGAUGAUAUCGAUAGAGAGGCUUGACGAACUAGUCGAAAAAUGUAUUGGUGAAAACAAAACAAUCACUAGUUACACAACCAGGAGUUUAACAAAACCUGGUGACAAUUAUGGAAGUGUUAUGCUUGCAGUUGACAUAAAAGUGAAAGGUGAUGGCGAAGAACAAGUCGUACAUACAGUGGCCAAAACUCCACCAACUACAGAAAUCCAACAGAAAAUAUUUAACACAUCCGUAACCUUCAAAAACGAAAUCGAAUUCUAUCGGACUAUCAUACCAAUUUUUAAGAGCUUGCAAUCGGAAUACGGCGUCGAAAAGAUCGAUUAUGUGCCAGAAUUUGUCGGGGCACGCUUCAAUCUGACGAAUGAAGACGCCAUUGAUUCGAACGCCGUUUUAAUGUUGGACAAUUUGGUAGUGAAAAAGUUCGGAACGGAAAAUCGACAAAUAGGAUUCGAUUUCGAGACAUCUAAGCGGAUUGUCAAACACAUUGCCAACUUCCAUGCCGUAGCUUUGGCCUUAAAAUUAAAAAAACCAGAAGUGUUUGAAUCUCGUGUUAAGCCUUUCGUGGACGGAUUCACGGAUGAGGAAACCAAAGAAAGCGACGCCAUGAAGAACGUUGUUAAAGAUUACAGUGAACUUUUGAUUAAUGACGACAAAUACAAACAUGUAAUAAAAAAAAUUGAAAAACUAUUCGGCAAUAGAGAUGCAAGGGAAGUUAGAGAACCGUUUGCUACGAUUGUCCAUGCAGAUUUAUGGGUGAACAAUAUUAUGACGAAAAGACCGCUUGAGGUGAUGAUUCUUGACUUCCAAGUGCUGCGGUAUCAGACACCCUGUGACGAUUUACUAUUUUUCUUACUUUCUAGCACACAAGAUUAUGUGCUGAAGGAACAUUUCGAGGAUCUUAUAAGUUAUUACUACAAAGAGUUGAUAGACAACUUGGAAAAGUUUGAGUGCGACACAACACCAUUUUCAUGGGAAGCAUUCCAGGAAGAAAUAAGGCAUGCCAAAGACGAACAGUUUUUGCACGUCUUAUGGAUGAUGUAUCCAAUUUUCAUUGAUGAAGAAACUGUUAAGGAUUUUUCUUUCGAUGACACACCGAAGUUUACAAUAGCCGACAGACAGAGAGAAAGAUUCAUGCUAAUUUUGGACAAGUACUGGGACAAGAAUUGGCUGAAUGACUGUUGUUAACAAAAUAAUUUUGAAAUAAACGUGAAGGAAAUG